UUCUGGUUAUAUAAUCUCCCGUUGUUCUUUUCAUUUUCUUCACAUUUUUCGUAGCCUCCAUUUUAAGAUACCUUGUUUUUAGUUUGUUUAAGGCUUUUCUUCGUCAACCUCAAUAGAAAAUAGAAUCCGUCAACACCUUGUCCCACGCAUACUAUAAUUAAAAAACCCAAAACAAAAAAACCUUCGACACCACCUAAACCUCUCAAAACCACCCUUCUCUCUCAUCCAUAUCCGCUUUUCCAUCUGCGAAAACUACCUUUCUUUAAUACCAAAAAAAUUUAAAAAAAAACCUACCUUUCAUGUCAAGCCUACCCAACAUCUCCAAGAGCCGGUUUUCCAAUACCCAAAAGGUGGUCUUUUAAUUCCUGGACGGACCAUUCAAUUGGGUUUCUUUCAUUUUUCUUUAUCAUCUAUUUUCUCUUUUUCAUUCAUGAUCGGAAGGGGUGGUGGGUGACUGGGUAUGUAUUGUUUGUGUAGCGGCGUACGCUAACGUGAGCCGGGGGUCGGGGUUGCGUAGAAUAAGAAAAGGGCAAGAAGGUGGCGGUGGUGGUGGGUGAUGAUCAGGGGAGUACACGUGGAGGGUAAAGAUGGGGGCGGAGGUAAUAGGAGGUAGCAGGUGGGGCACAUGGGUGGAGCUUCUAUUGGCCGGGGCUAUCCUAAGACACGGAACCCGAGACUGGAACCAGGUGGCAGCGGAGCUCCGAGCCCGAACCGUUUGUCCGUACACUUUCACGCCCGAGGUGUGUAAAGCCAAAUAUAAUGACUUGCGAAAGCGAUACUCUGGAUGCAAGGCUUGGUUUGAAGAUCUCCGAAAGAAACGAAUGGAAGAGUUGAGACAAGCUCUCAAAAAAUCUGAAGACUCAAUAGGAUCUUUGGAAUCAAAGCUUGAAACUCUCAAGGCGGAGAAAGGAGAAGAUGGUUACAACAAUUAUGGCUCCACCCAGACAGAAUCACCUGUUGGUUAUCAAAAAUCAGAGGGACAUUACCCUUCUGUUAAAGAGGCAUUUAAGGACGAGCCAUCUGCUGGCAGUUUCACGUGUGAAGCAUUGACAAGCUGCUCACCUGAAUGCCAGAUACCAGUUACAGAGUCAACUGAAGAAACAGAGACUAAAAGAGAAGCUUCACACUCUUCUGAGCAUGAGAAAAUCUCAAGCAUCGAGAAGUUGGUAGGAACUUUGUAUGUAGGAGUAGGACUAGGAGGGAAUCUGAGAAAGAGACGGGGUAAGAGAAAGAGGAAGGAUUGUACUAGUAGGGAUGUUAAGGAAGCCAGCAUUGGAGAAAGUCGCCUUUUGGAUUCUCCUGAUGCUGUAACUGCCUUGCGGUGUAUAGAAAAUUCAAACAGCGAAUGUCGUGAGGAAUUUGCCUCUUCUGGUGCGGGUGAUUGUAAUAGAGGUUCAACCAAGGAUGAAACUGACCAUCUGUGGAACGUUUUCAAUUCAUUUUUGGAGCAUAAAAGUGCCUCUGUCUUUCGUCAUCGACUUGAUAGCCAGAAGAGACGAAGAUAUAAGAAAUUGAUCCAUAGACACAUGGAUUUUGACACAAUAAGAUCGAGGAUUUCCAACCACUCUGUGAUGUCAGUUAAGGAACUCUUUCGAGAUCUCUUGCUGCUUGCAAACAAUGCCUUGGUGUUUUACUCGAAGAACACACGUGAAUACAAAUCUGCUUUGCUUCUCAGAGACCUCACCACCAAAACAUUGCGGCAGCAUUUCAAGGAUUCUAGUGGCAAGGCUACCUCUGCCAACCUCUCCUCAAAUGCAUUAGUGUGUAAUCCUCCAGGUAAACCCCGGAGUGCUCGCCCAGCUGGUAACAGAAGGUUGUCGGGAAAGGCUGCCAAUGCAGGAAAUGUGGCUGCUAAGACUUCAAACAGAAGUAAGAAGCCAAGUCAUGCUAAUGCUGAUUCCUCUCCAUCAGUUGAAUCUUUUGCUGUGACGAAGAAAACCUCCGGGCACCCUAGAAAAGUUGGACGUAGAAGUGUUAGUCAACAAAAUGUAACUCCCGUGAAGGGAAGGAAAAGAGGUCGGACAAAGUAGAUGUAGCUGUAAAUUGUUCCUAUCCCUUUUUCCAUUUAAAGUCCAGGUUUAGCUUCAGGUUCUAGAUUCAGAAAAUCGGAUGUAGAGUUUGUAGGAUCUUGUGUACAAACGUUUCUGGUUCCUUUUUCCCUGGUCCUGGUUCUCAGUAUGACCAAUAUAACAAGAUGUAGUUUUGUAAAGCAUCAA